AGCCACUCCUGCUGAUAACAAGCGUCACACCUGCCCUGGACUGAGUGAGUGGUCCCGCCCUGUGAGAGAGGCUCAAACCAGUGAAGCAGGUGAAAUGUGGCCCAACAGGUCUGAUGGGAAACCAGAGAGACAGAGAGACAGUCAGUCAGAGAGACAGUCAGAGAGACAGCAGAGUGGACGCUGAGUGACUGACAAGCCUGUCAUUCAGGAGGAUUUAAGAGCAGUCGGGCCGGAAUCAAGACAAUGACAUAUUUGUGCUGCUGAGUGUGGAACUGGAUUCCACCUGAACAUCUCAGGGCCUGUGGUCAUCAGCCUCCAUCUCCACCUCCACCUCCACCUCCAGGCUUGACACAGUGGAAUUUCCCUGCUCUCUUCCCAGGCUGAGGCCGGGGACAGAUGGUCGCUUUCAGACUUUGAGCAGAACUCAGGAAGGAGAGUGAGAGGAAGGGUGGGAGGAGGGCUGGAGAGGGAGAGGGAGAGAAGUGAGGAGUGGACAGAAGAGGAGACAUGCUUCGCUACGGUUCAGGACGACCUGUCUCCACCACCACGACUACGACAGAGGACUCUGCAGACACUUUGAGUGAAAGGAGGAUCAGACGCCUCAGGCUCACUCUUCACGCAGGAGACAAUGGAAACAACACGCCAACAACAGCUGAGAGAGAAAGAGAGAAAGAUAUCAGUGGGUCAUGGAAGAAGAAGAAUGGGCUGAUCCAAAGAGAGAGGCCAGCUGGCAGGGAGUCACCACAGCAGCAGCACAAAGACACGACCAAUGGGCUGUCAGAGUCCUCGUCAGAGCAUCAUGGGCCCAGAGUGUACGGCGUGGUGCAGAGGACGGGCUCAGGACAGCAGGAGGUGAUGGCUCGAGAAUGGACCGUUAAUCACCUUCAAGAUGAGAUGAAGUACAUUAGAGAGGUGAGGGAUUCUUUGGAGAAGGUGAGGGAGAAGAUGUACGGGCAGUUUGGAGGGAUGCAGCAGUCAGUGCAGAGGCUCUCUCAGGACCUCAGGACUGCAAACUCACAGAGGAGGAGUCUGGAGUCAGAGGUGAGGAUCAGGACGACGGCCAUGGAGAGCUUCGAUCAGAUGAACAGCUCCCUCAUAUCUGCCAACAUCAGCCUGCAGAAAUCCCUCCUGGAAAACUGUCAGAGCAGAGUGGACACGAGAGAGAAGGACAAGAGCUUACGAAGCAACUAUGAGAAAACACAAGAAAAGCUCCGAGACAGAGAGAGAGAGCUGGCUGCUGCACAGGCUGAGAACCAGACUCUGAGACUCCAGGUCAGACUGACAACACGCUGACUAUUCAAGCAUCCACACACAGUGUUUUCACUGAGCUACGACGUACGAGAUGACAGCAGGUUGAUGCUUCAACAGAGCAGAAACGCUGCAGAUCACGUUGCUCUGCUCACGCAGGCCCAAAUCGACGAGUACAUCAAACGACUGGAGGAAGCAGAGAAGAGCAUCAGGACUGCAGAGGCCAGGAUCACAGAGAGAGACCAGAGGAUUGUUGAGCUGGAACGUCUCCUGGACUGCAUGGAAAAGGAAAAGACUCAGCUCCACCAGAAGCUGCAGGAAUGUGAGCAGCGUCUGCGACUGCUGGAGCUGACGGACACGACCGACUCUUCUGCUGUCAGGAGGUCCAAAGAUCUGCAGGCUGAAGCUCUGGAUCUGCGCGAGAGAAUCAAACACUUGAACGACAUGGUGUUCUGUCAGCAGAGGAAAGUCAAAGGAAUGAUUGAAGAGGUUGGAACUCUGCGAGCUCAGGUCGCUCAGAAGGACAUGUUCAUCUCUGAACUCCUGGACAGAAUUGCGAUCGUGGAGUGUGAGAAUAAUGAAUUAGAAGACAAGCUGAAGUAUUUUAUGUCCUCACAGAAUAGGGCACGAGAGGUUUGGGAAACCAGGGAGAUGGGAGUAGGCUGCGAUCUGCUCCCCAGACAUGAAGUGCAGAGUUAUGAUGUUGAACCAAGUCAUCUUCAUCCCAUGAAUCGCUCACCACUUGUUCAAACUCUUCUGUUAGAACCUCUGUUAGAACCUCUGUCAGAACCUCUGUCAGAACCUCUGUCACCUGUGUAUCCUCUAUCACCCACCUAUCCCCUGUCCCCCUCACAGCUGUUAUCACCCUCACAACCCCAUGAGCUUCCAUCCAUCACAGAACUUCCACCCCCCACGCAACCUUCACCUUACCCCUCCCGGUAUCUUUCAUUGCCCACCCAGCCGAGGUCAUAUAAACCCGGUAAACCCCGACCCAGCAGACUGGAGUCUAGUUUACUGAGGUACACUCCUGUUGAAUACAGUCGCCUCCUGCAGUCCAGCCCCCCAGUACAGAGAGACACGUUCCCCUACCAAACUGGACCUGAGCCUGGAUCUGCGAGCCCGGUGCUGUCCGGCAGAGAUGAAGUGGACGCAGAGACAAACACACCUCUAACAGUGAUGUCCUCGCUGUGGACAGAGCGACAGGGACAUGGACAUGGACAGGGACAGGGACAGGUGGGAGAGCUGAGCCACCAGAGCAGAGACGAGCUCCAGGAGCUGCUGCUCAGACAAGAAAAGAUCCUCUCUAACAAGAGGUUAUUGAGGUCUCUUCCUGACAAAGGUGAAAAGAUAUCAGAGUUUGCAGAGAGAGUGCGUCUUGCCAUUGAGCAUCGUGAUGAAGAGGAGAGGAGACAGAGCUUGGCGUCUGCUGCCAGGACAGAGUUACAGUCCAAGUACCAGCAAGCCUUCUCUAUGCAAAAAUGUGCCGUCCCCAACUCACCAGCUGCCUCCAACCAAAGCAGGCAAAGUGAGUCUGCAGCAGGCAGCGUGCUCCACGACAUGGAGGCCUCACCUGUCGUGGCUCACGAGCAGGAAAAGACUGCCGUGGAUGAGCAACAGGACCAGUUUCUCUCCAGAGCAGCUGCUGGUGAAACCAUGGAGACGACUGCUGCUGGGGCCUCCGUGAACUGUGAGGAGACAAAAGAGGGUGAUCUUGUUGAGGCCUUGGAAAGGGUCAGAGUGUCUGAAACUGGUCUCAGAAGCGAGUCUAAAGAGCCAUUACACAGCACAGGAAGAGACAGUUAUUUUCUCAGAAAGCAGACACCAAAAAAGCCUCACUAUGUAACUGUCCUGGAAAGAACAGAGAAGACUUCCAGUCCCAGGAGGCAGCCAUUCAAAACAAAUCAGCUCCCGCACAAAGAUGACAUUUCUCCAUCAGGUUCCUCGUCACCCAGCCGGUCUUCUGAAGGCUCAUCGCCACUCUCUGUCCAGGCCAGGAGGGAGAGGGACAGAAGACACCUGGACGACAUUACUGCAGCCAAACUACCUCCACUCCACCACAGCCCAGCCCAGCUGCUGUCUCUGGAGGAGUCGGUCGUACUCUUAAAAGAACAAACCAAGAAGCAGCAGGAGUUGCAGGCCAAGCUGGCAGCCCAGAAACUGUCUGAGGGACUGAAGAUCUCUAUGGGGAGCUACACUCCUGACGGUGGCCCCAUGGCUGCCUACAGAGAGGUUCAUGAUGAAGGAGCCCAGCUCUCCUCAGAAGAUGACUGAUCCUGGAAGGCAGGAGCUGGGGAAACCAGCGUGACCUUGGCCCGCGGGGAAACGGGCUUUGGACCUUGCAAUCAGGACGCAAUAAACAGGAUUUUCACUCCAAGGACAGGAAUUCUUUACAGAGAAAAGGGCUCUUUGCAUGUUGUGAAGCCAUAGUUAGUGUCCCACACUCAGGAAGUUGAGAGGCAGUUUGGGAGAGUGGUUCACGUAAUUGGCAUUCAGUUGGUAAUGGGAUCAUUUGUUUCUGUGUCCUGCAGGAAUAAGAAUACCUGUGAGUGACUCUUUGAAUCAGAAGCAUGUACAACACGAUGAAGGAAAUGCUUCUCGUCCGUUUACUGGAACCAGUCGUGUGGUGACUUUCUGAGACGUAGUUAAUUAUUACACAAUCAUUGAAUAAAUACAUCUAAAUCCCCA